AUGCGUCGCCAUUCUCUCGACUUGGCUGAGCCGUGCAGCCCCGUCCCUAGCGACACGAGCAUGAUGGACGACAACGUCCAGCAGCAUGACAAGAUCGAACACGACGACAUCCACCGAGAGGAUGUCGACCUCACACUCCCCCCCAGCGACGACGACAUCGCCAUCUGGGAUCACGACAGCGCCGCCAUAAUGUACACGCCCCCGCCACGCAUAGCCGCUCGAUUCUACCGGCCCUCGCAGGCUCGACGCAAGGGGUCUGCUGCGUCGUCGCGCCGCAACUCCAUGUCCUCUGCACACUCUCGAUGCUCAUCGUCCCUCCAGCAGCAGCAGUCCGGUGCCGGCGGCGACCAGAGCAAACACGUCGCGCAGCACCUACGGCGAGCCUCCUUCCUCGAGGACCGCCGCGCCCGACUUGCCGACCGUGCCGCCCAUGCCGAAAAGGUCCGCCUCAGGGCCGCCGUGGCCAAGGCUGCCACGCGCGACGCCUCGGUCUCCCACGACCGCGCGGUCGCCGCCCAGCUGGCCAGGGAGCGUAACCUCGCCGAGAUCGUGGCCAGCUGCGCCGAGGAGGUCAAGAAGGCCAAGCUCGUGGCCGAGUCCGUCAGGGAGAAGCGCGAGCAGGGCAUCGCCAAGAUGAGGCUACAGAUGGAGGAGCGCAUGGCCGAGGCCGAGAGGCGUCGUCGAGACGAGCUGCGCAGGAGGAACAACAGCAGCAACCGGCCAAGAGGCCACAGCCACAGCACCAGCAACGGUCAGAACACCGCCACGUCCUCUCCCGGCCGCAAAUCCCCUUCCCCCUCUCCCGGAGCCGAGGCUUCCGCUCAGGUGCAGGACGAUGAGGACGAGGGGAAGGAGGAGGCGCGUCCCCCGAUGACUCCGGAGGCUGCCGCUUCGAGGAUCGCUGACUGGUGGCUCGCGUGUUCCCGGAAGAAGGCGAUGCGGGACUUCAACAACCUCGGCCUGUCGGUCGACGGUAUCCGUGACACGUCCUUCGACACGGUCACGGAGCUGCUCGCCCAGGAGAAGGUGCUGGUGGCCACGGCCCGUCUGCUCCGCACCUGCGGCCUGCAGGAGGGAGCACCGGGGUCCGUGGGCGAGAUGUCGGCCGUGCUGGCCAACAAGACGGACGAAGACAGCGGCGGCGGGGAAGUCCUGAGCAUGGCGCACCGCCUGCCCGCGGCGGACCUGGACAACCCGCAGCUGCAGGACCUGGUAGGCAAGGCCAAAGACCUCCUCAUCACGUUUGAGAACAUCCUCGCCCGCCUGACCUGGGCAAACCGGUACACGGUGCCGCCGGCCAUCUGCAAGACGCUGCCAGAGGCCUACGCCGUCUUCCACAACGCCUUCAUCGCCUGGAAGUCGCGCGACUCCAACGCGCUCAUCGAGGUGAUGCUCAUGCAGUUCGUCGAGCUCGACGCCAUCUUCCAGACGGUGCGAGACUCGACCGACGACGCCGCCUCGGCCCUGUACCGCCAGAGCAUCCAGGACAGCCAGCUCAUGCUGAUCGUGCGCAUCAAGAAGCUCGCCGGCCAGGACAAGGGCAAGAAGAUGAUCUUCGACGCCGUCAGCGAGGCGCGCAGGUCGCGCCGCACAAAGAAGCGCACCGGCGACACGAAGCCGCGUGUUGCCGAGACCACCCCCAGCGAAGCCUCUGCCGCGGCCAGCAAUCACGGCACCGGUGGUAGCGGCAGCAGCAACGGUCCCCUCCUCACACCUCCGGCCACGCCUGCUUCCGGAAGCCGACAGCCGCAGCCGCAGCCGCAGCAGCCUCAGCAGCAGCAGCGCAAGCCUGUCACCGUCAGGUCCGGCUUCAACGGUCUCCUCCCGGACAACCGCAUCGUGGUGCACGAGCUCGCUCUCAACAAGGAGUACCAGAUCCCGGCGGAGGAGUACCAGGAGCUUCAGGCGGCCAUGUCGCGGCCCUUGUUCGAGCGGAUGCGCGCCAACAUGGGCAGCAGCACGGACAAGACGCACAACGACUUCCGCCUCUUCAUGGCCAUGGCGGGCGACAUCAAGGACAAGCUGCAGCGGCUGCUGAAGCCGGGCAACUCGAUGUACAAGCUGAUAGACGAGAUGCUAGACCCCGAGAUGGCGGAGCGGCAGUUCCUCCUGGGCAGCUUCUCGUACGAGAAGUUCUUCACGGCCAUGGCGUCGAUGCUGCCCAAGCUGUGCGCGCCGUUCCGCGACGAAGAGGUGGCCGACCUGAUACGCAACCGUCUGCUGCCGGCUCUGAGCGGCUUCAUAGACGUCAUGCUGGGCGACUACGUCAACUACCUCCUCCGCGUGGCGGCUCCGGGCCUCAUCGAGUCGGCGCCGCAGUACGAGGCCAAGCGCUUCGCAGACGACUUCGAGAGCGGCAGGGUAGGACUGGCGGCCGCAGAGGCAGCCUGGAGGGCGGCGCGGUCCAAGGUCCUCGCCGAGGCGGCCAGGCGCGACCCGGAGGCCGUCAACCACCCCAAGUCGCGGCCUACGGCGUCCCGCAUCUACGCGCAGAUGCUGGUCGACGUCUUCACGACGCCGCUCAUCGGCGGAGACGGCGGCGGCGGCGGCGGCGGCGACGACGGUGCGCUCGCCGCCGUGCCCGAGAUGCUCAGGCUCGACGCGUCGAGGAUAACGCACGUGUCGACGUCGCUGCGCAGGAUCGUCACGGCCGGCGCCGUGCUGCUGCAGUGCAAGAACCUGCUCAAGAGGGACGUACGAUCGCCGUGGAAGAUGGAGGCGGCCCGCGUCAUGGCCGUGCUGGAGGAGGCCUCCCCUCGUCCGGGACGUUCCUCCUCAUCAUCCCCACCCCCCCCGUCGGGAUCUUCGUCCCCCUCCUCGGGCUGGACGCUGGAAGCGACCGUGGACGGGACAAUGUCCGCCUUGGAGGCGGGCCGAUCGAUGCCGGCCGCUACAAAGGGUCAUCUGCGUGCGCUGGUGACAAAGGUCCUGUCCGCGUCGAACGAGUGGUCUGCAUCCGCCUCCGCCUCCAGCUCGGCCGAGCCCCGCGAACCAGUCCUGAGACUGCUGCACGCCCGUCUGAGGGGCAACAUCCUCUCCCGCCUGGCACCGGCGUCGUCGUCGGCGAGCGAAAAGGUCAAGGCGGCCAACACGGCCGGCGAGAGGUUGGCGUCGCUAGGUCUGUCCGAGUUUGUCGAGCGGGUGAGGCAGAUGUCUGACCUGCUCGAUCGGGUGGGCACCGUCGAUAGGGCUGCUCACGGUCCCUGGUGGGAUGCUAUCGCUACAAAGGUUGAUCAGGAAUAG